ACAAAAGGAAACUUGGGAGAAAUUGAAACAAGCAAGGAGGGGACGCACGCACUGAGCCCACAGCACCCCUGGGUCCUGAGGACAUUUGCUCUGUGUAGGGACCAUGAACCACAAUUCCCAGCACUUCAUCAAUGGCCUGCAUGCCGAGGUCCCCCCAUCCUAUAGUGUGGUCAAGGAGGAACACGGGGUGGCUGUGCUGGGGGCUCCCCAGAUCUCAGCGCCUGUGACAACCACCGUGGUCAACAUCCAGCCCGAGACCAUCGUGCCCGACCACAUCGUCUGGUCCCUGUUCAACACGAUCUUCCUCAACGUCUGCUGCCUGGGCUUCGUGGCAUUCGCCUACUCUGUGAAGUCUAGGGACCGGAAGAUGGUGGGUGACGUGAUUGGGGCCCGGAGCUACGCGUCCACUGCCAAGUGCCUGAACAUCUGGGCCCUGGUCCUGUGCCUCCUUGGGACCAUAGGGUCCAUUGUUCUUCUGGUGCUGGUGGUGUAGCCGAAAGGCCAUCGUGCAACAGGGCAGGGCAUGCAGGGUGGCACAGGCUCUUAGCUAUCAUCUCCAUCACGGUAAUUUUCAUCAUUUGACAUGCUCGCUGAUGACAUGGAAGAAAUUCUGACGUCACGAAGAUUUAGGAGGCUUCUGGUGGCUGCGAUAGCCUGAGGCUGUCACCCUUCCUACAGCUGUUUAUAUGCACCUGUGUCAACAACUGAAUUCAAUAAAGGACAGGCAUGUACAA